AUGUCUUCAAACAGGAUAGUUACGAUUGGUAUUGGUGGUGCGUCAUGUUCUGGUAAAACGACCUUGGCUAAAUGGCUUUUAAAAGUUUUACCGAAUUGUACUUUAUUUUUUCAAGAUGAAUUUUUUAAGCUCGAAAAUGAUCUUCCAAUUGAUCCAACAACCAAGUAUACAAAUUGGGAUUGUCCUGAAGCAAUAAAUUUUCCAUUAUUCUUAUCAACUCUAAAGGACCUUCAUCAAACCGGCUCAUUGCCAACAACUUUUGUAUCUAAUGAAAUAAAUAAUGUUCAUAGUGACGUUAAAGGGUGUGGAUUAUAUGAGUUGGUUAGACGAUUGUCCUUGCGAGUUAAUGAGGUAUUAGAUGCAUUGGCAGGAGACGAUGAUAAAAAUAAUGAAUGGUAUUUCGUAUUGGUAGACGGGUUUUUACUAUACUAUGACCCUGAGGUUAUAAAAGAAUUAGAUGUUAAAUUGUUUGUUAGGGCAGAUCGAUACGCUGUAGACCCUCCCGAUUAUUUUGAUAAAAUAGUUUGGCCGAAUUAUGUUGAAUUUCACAAAAAUUUGUCUAUAAAAGAACUAUCAUCAGGUGUUAUAGAUGGUGUGAAAAGUGGACAUACGGCUAUUGAAGAUCUUGUGGUUUUAGAUACAAAUAAUGAAGAAAAUUUUGGUGAAAAUCUUGAAGAAGCUGUUGAAACUGUGAUAAGAUUUAUUGAAAGAAG